AUGUGGGAACAAAAGGUAUGGGAGUGGAGAGGGCGGGUCAGUGACGCCCCUUUCAUCCUGGCUGCUGCGGCGAAUGCCAAGCGGAAGGUGAUGGCUGGCUGUCCAGUGGUGUGUGAGUGUCCGUCGGGGGCCCCAUCCUGCCCCCCUGGAGUCAGCGCAGUCGCAGACAGCUGUGGCUGCUGUAAAGUGUGUGCCGCACAGCUCAACCAGGACUGUCAUGAGGGACAGCCCUGCGACCACCACAAGGGCCUGGAGUGUAACUACGGCAACGACGUGGGCCGCACGCAUGGCAUCUGCAGGGCAAAGGCAGAAGGGCGUUCCUGUGAAUACAACGGAAGAAUGUAUCAGAAUGGAGAGAACUUCCGUGCAGGAUGCAAACACCAGUGCACCUGUAUAGACGGAGCAGUGGGCUGUGUGCCUCUGUGUCCCAGCCAUGUGCCACUGGCCUCGCCUGCCUGCCCUGCCCCUCAGCUGGUCAAGGUCCCUGGGCAAUGCUGCCUGAGCAUCGACUGCCACAAGGGAACUACAGUGGUUCCUCCAGUUCACAGGAAACCCCAGCCACCUGCCUUCCACCCAUACCUCUUUAUGCCAUAUCCAUCAUAUCCAUAUUCCAAGCCCUAUCUCAAAUCCUACAAGCUUUUCAAAGCUAAGAAAGACAAGGAAACCUUUGGGAACGAGCUGCUGGAGGUUGGCCGCAAGUGGGAGAAGUCACGUGGUCACAAUCACCUGGCAGCAUGGAGGCAGGCAGGAGACCAGUGUGUGGUGCAGACUACUUCCUGGACACAGUGCUCCAGAAGCUGUGGGAUGGGUGUGUCUUCUCGGGUCACCAAUGACAACGCACGGUGCAAACUGAUCAAAGAGACUCGGCUGUGCAACAUCCGACCAUGCAGCUCAUUGUCCAUGCCCGUCAAGAAAGGACGCAAAUGCUCUCGCACUCACAAAGCACCUGAGCCUCAGCGUUUGUCCUAUGCUGGCUGCAGGAGCACUCGUCUCUACAGACCAAACUACUGUGGCGUGUGUCGGGACGGCCGCUGCUGCUCCCCUCGCCGCACACGCACCGCCUCUGUGGCCUUCUCCUGUCCUGAUGGAGAGCGCUUCCACCGCUCUGUCAUGUUCAUCCAGUCCUGUAAAUGCAGCGACCAGUGCAACCAUCUGAAUGAGGCGGCAUUGCCCCCCCAGAGGUGGCUCUACGGGGACACGCACAAGUUCAUCGACUAG